UUGAGAACCAACCAAGUGAAAUGAACCAUUCGGAAUAUCUUUGACACAAUAUUCAUUUACGUAAAUCCGAGAGAGAAGGGACAGAAUGACGUCCAGAGAACUUGUCAAGUUUUUGAGACCGCAGUCGGCUUUAAUUAAAUUGAUUCAGACAAGAUGUGCCCAAACAGCCGCUGCACCACAACAGAAAAGAAUUAAAAAGUUCUCAAUCUACAGAUAUGACCCAGACAAGCCAGGGGACAAACCAAGGCAGCAGAUUUAUGAAGUCGACCUCAACACUUGUGGCCCUAUGGUUCUUGAUGCACUGAUCAAAAUCAAGGACGCUGAUGAUCCGACCUUGACCUUCAGAAGAUCAUGCCGUGAAGGUAUCUGUGGAUCAUGUGCUAUGAACAUUGGUGGUCUGAACACUUUGGCUUGUUUAUGUAAAAUCAAUGAUAACAACCAGACGCUGAAGAUUUACCCACUUCCACAUAUGUAUGUUAUAAAAGAUCUUGUUCCAGACAUGGGAAACUUCUAUGCCCAGUACGAGUCAAUUGAGCCAUACCUGAAGAAGAAGGAUAUAAAGGAGGAAGAUAUAGGAAAAGAGGCAUACUUACAGAGUGUUCAGGACAGAGCUAAGUUGGAUGGUUUAUAUGAAUGCAUUCUGUGCGCAUGCUGCUCUACAUCAUGCCCCAGUUACUGGUGGAACUCGGACAAGUAUCUUGGUCCAGCUGUACUUAUGCAGGCAUACAGGUGGAUGGUAGACUCGAGAGAUGACUACACGGAUGAGAGACUGGCCAUGAUGGAGGACAAAUACUCCGUGUACAGGUGCCACACCAUCAUGAACUGCACAAAGACUUGUCCAAAGGGAUUGAACCCAGGUCUUGCUAUAGGAGAGAUGAAGAAGAUGUUGGCCAAGUACGAUGCUAACAAGGCCAAGGAAAAGGCGGCUGUUGCAUAAAUAUGUCCGAAUAAAUGUUGCAAACUUUUCGAACUUUGAAACAUUGGUGUGAUGUAAACACUGAACAAAAUUUUCCUAUUUAUUAAAGAUGGUGAAGAAAAUUAUGUGUAUAGAAUUUCUUUGUAGUGUUUAUCUAGAAGCAUAGUCAAGUACUCCUGAUCACUUCCCCAGGUAGCACUUUUCGAAGAGGUAAAGAUUAAGAACCAGUUCAUAUCAGUUGUAUUUGAUACAGUUCUAUUUAACUUUAACAGUGGAAAAAGAUAACAUUGAAAUAUUCACUGUUUUAUGCCCUUUGGUUGUUCGUGUAAACUCAAAAGAGAAUAUUGUUUUAUAUGUCAAAAGAAAUUAUGUACUUUUUAAAUUAGUUUCACUGCAGUACAAAUGUUUUUUUCCAAAUAUUUAAACUUGGAUUAUCUAGUUACAUAAUGCUGUAUGUUUUUAAUUUGCUUCUUGUAUGUAUCCAUGUUUAACCUCUCUACAAGGGAGAUAUUUAGCCUCGGUGUAUACGUCAAUUUUAUUUGGGAAAUUCUGUAUUGUAAUGUCACGUUGUUAUAGAGACCUGCUUUCAGUAUCUCAAUAUACAUUGUAGAAAAAUGAGUAUUAAGAGUGAACUAUCUUUGUUUUGACUCGGUAACAAAUUUCGACAAGUUAACACACUACAUCAAAUAUGUUAAUAGUUAUAUUGAACACAGACAUUUUAAAAAAAUAAAAGCACAAAAAAAUGAUAUGAGCUUAAAAAAAGUUUUCGGCAGUUUUGAGAUCUUAAGUAUCUGAUAGAAAUUUGAAUUUCGUGUGAAAUAACUACUACGUGUUAAUGAUUUUGUUACAUCUAAUAAAUUUUAAAAUAGA